AUGAUUGCAGACAGUUGCGAAUUUGGAUCAACAAAAUAUUUCUUAUUGUGUGGAGUUGGUGGUAUUUUAUCAUGUGGAAUAACUCAUACAAUGAUAACACCUUUAGAUUUAGUCAAAUGUCGUUUGCAAGUAGAUUCUGCAAAAUAUAAAAAUUUGAUUCACGGUUUCAAAGUUACCGUUGGUGAAGAAGGUACCAGAGGUUUAGCCAGAGGAUGGGCACCUACUGCCAUUGGUUAUUCUGCUCAGGGUCUUUGCAAAUUUGGAUUUUACGAAGUAUUUAAAUGCUUGUACAGUGAUGCUCUUGGGGAAGAAAAUGCUUACGUUUACCGUACUUGGCUGUAUUUGGCUGCUUCUGCUUCUGCAGAAUUCAUCGCAGAUGUUGCUUUAAGUCCAUGGGAAUCAGCUAAGGUUAAAAUUCAAACAACUCCCGGUUACGCUUCAACACUUAGAGAAUGUGCUCCGAAAAUGAUGAAAGAAGAAGGAUUGAACGCUUUUUACAAGAGUUUGGUACCACUCUGGAUGAGACAGAUACCGUACACCAUGAUGAAGUUUGCUUGCUUUGAAAAAACCGUCGAACUUCUUUACAGAUACGUCGUACCAAAACCUAGAGAUCAAUGUACCAAAGGUGAACAACUUCUUGUUACAUUUGCUGCCGGUUACAUUGCUGGUGUUUUCUGCGCCAUCGUUUCACAUCCGGCGGAUACGGUAGUUUCCAAAUUGAAUCAAAACAAAGAAGCCACUGCUGGUCAAGUGUUGAAAGAUCUUGGAAUGUUCGGUGUUUGGAAAGGUUUGGUACCGAGGAUUAUCAUGAUCGGUACUUUAACAGCUGCUCAAUGGUUCAUAUACGAUGCAGUUAAAGUUUAUCUUCGCCUUCCAAGGCCUCCUCCACCAGAAAUGCCAGAAUCCCUUAAGAAAAAACUUGAAGCUGCUGGAAAGCUUUAA